AUGUCAGGCAUCAGCAUUUCCACCCCAGAGGACCCCUACGCCUUCCUUUCAUCAUUCGACACAGUCUUCCUGAUUGAUGACUCUGGCUCAAUGGCAGGCCGCUCGUGGCGAGAGGUCCACGCGGCUCUCAAAGCCAUCACGCCAAUCUGCGUCGCACACGACAAGGACGGCAUUGACGUCUACUUCCUCAACCACAUGUCCUCAGCCCCUGCAGAUCUGCGCAGCGGCAGGCCACGUGGCGGCUACUCCAACAUCACGGACGAGGCCGCCGUCAACCGCAUCUUCUCCACCGUGCGUCCCUCGGGCCAGACGCCCACCGGCACGCGCCUGCAGCACAUCCUCAAGGCAUACCUGAACCGCUACAAGCAGGGCAUCGACCAAUCCGGUGACUCGGACGACAGCGGCGUCAAGCCCAUCAACAUCAUCGUCAUCACCGACGGCGCCGCCUCCGACGACCCGGAGAGCGUGCUCGUCAACGCCGCCAAGAAGCUCGACAACUGGGACGCCCCGCCGCACCAGGUCGGUGUGCAGUUCUUCCAGGUCGGCAACGAGGCCGGCGCCCGCGAGGCCCUCAAGGCCCUCGAUGACGACCUGACUGCCAACGGCGGCGGUGUCCGCGACAUGGUCGACACCGUGACGUUCACUAGAAAUGCGGACGGCAACGUCCCCGUGCUCGCUGCCGACGGCAUCCUCAAGACCGUCCUCGGCGCCGUCGUCAAGCGCCUAGACAGGACACGACUGAGCGCCGACAGGAGAAGCGCCCGAAGCGGUCUACUGCAGCCUUAA